GAAGUAUUUAGUAUUUGAAGAUUAAACUUUUCAUGUAUUUGUUAUUAUAUUCUAAUAUUAAAUAUUCAAAUAGACAGGUACAUAUUGCUGGUUUACAAAAUUUUUGACCUGUGAAUUAAAGCUUUGAAGAGAAGUAAAAGAAAUAAUUUAAAAUGUGCUCAUAAACUUAAAAUAUGAGUUUAUUAAAUUAUUAAUGUUGAAAAAACAUUCAUCAUUAUAACUUUGUAUUAAUUGGCAUAUAUAUAUUGACAUUCCAAUUGAAGCUUUCUAAAUUAAUUUUAACAUGCCAAGAAUUUAUGUAAGAACUACGUUACGAGGAUCAUGGUCAGAAGAAAAUCUUCAUGAAGCAAUGGAAAAAGUAAAAAGUCAAAAAAUGGGUGUAAACCAAGCCAGUCGACACUAUAAAAUACCCUCUAGAACGUUGAGAAGACAUCUUCAAGCAGAGAAAUGUAAAAUUCCGUACGGUCGUCCAACUGUUCUAAGUGAAGAACAUGAAAAAAGUUUAGUUGCACACAUAAAAAAACUACAAAAAGUCGGAAUGGCUCCAGACCGUAAAGACAUAAAAGAAAUUGCUUAUCAAUUUGCUGAAACUCUCAAUAUCAAACAUCCGUUUUCCAAUACGACCAUGUCAGCUGGUAAUGCUUGGUUAAAUGGAUUUUUAAAACGUAAUCCUGAAUUACUUCCCAAACGUGAAGUUGAAAAAUCAUCGGCUAAACUUUAUGAUAUCAAUGACGAUUUUCGCCAAGGUUGUUUAAAUAUACUUCUCAAAAUAUACCAAGAUAAUAAUCCAGACAAUUGUUCUAAUAAAAUUCCAGAUAUAGAUCAUAUAAGAACUCAGAUUAAUACUGAAUUAAAUAAAAUUUUAACUUUGAAAGAAUCCAAAGAAAUAUUUACACAAACUGAAUAUGGAAAUAAAGAUAUAGAAUAAAGCAAUUUUAAACUAAACAUACUAUUGUUAAGUAAAAUUAAAAAAUAUAUACAUAUAU